AUGCUUUGUGCGGUGUGCAUGUCCAUGUUUCAGAACAGCGCGAUGAGCGGGCCUCAUCACAAAGAUCACGAAAGACUUGCCGCUGCCGCGAAGAAUGGGUGUAGAAUCUGUUACUACCUAAGCCCAAAGUUUCCAUCCGACAACCUGAAGCCUCUAGAAUAUGGAUUGAAGUGGGCGAACUCAUGGGCGCUCCAUUGGGAAAUCUAUUUCUAUGAGACUAGUAGCGGUAACUCCAUGUCUAUCGACGACAGGGCCCGAACCCACACAGACCGGUUGGUGUUUGUUGACGUAUCUUCCUCAUCAGACACUGACACUCCAUCUGGUUACAAUGAGUUUCUCGACCUUGUUGCUGCUGAUCUAGGUUCGGAUCCCACUCGGGUUCGAACAGACUUUCCUCCUUUGCGAGAUAUCCCGGAUAAUACCGGCCACGAGGAUGUUGCACGCGUGGCUAAGGACUGGCUCCAGACCUGUAAGGAUCAUCACAACUGCGGAUCUGCCUCCAGUCCACAGGAUGCAGGCUGGUAUCCAAAGCGAUUCAUCCACGUUGGUGACAAACAACAGUCGCCGAGAUUGAUUAUAUCAGAGAACGAGACUCCAGAAGGAAGUUAUGCGGCGUUAAGCCAUUGUUGGGGGGAGAACCCAGACUUUCUCAUGUUAACAUCUGAUACUUUAUCCGAUUUCUGCCGGGAAAUUCAGUUGCAACACCUUCCCGCAAGUUUCCGAGAUGCCAUCAUCACCUGUCGUCGAAUGGGCAUUCCAUACAUUUGGAUCGACUCGCUUUGCAUCUUACAGGCUGGAGACGGUUCGCAUGAAGAUUGGCUCUUGCAUUCUGAGGAAAUGCAUCGAGUAUAUCAAAACUGCUACUUGAAUAUCUCUAUCGAUGUUUCUAAGAACCCCCAUGGAGGUGCUUUCAGGUCGAGGGAUCCGACAUAUCUUCAAGAUUGUUACCUCUGGACACCGUUCCUCACCGCGCCCCAUCAACUUGCUGAUGCAGAAGAGCAGUCAAAGUUCAGGAAUCUUUGCUCGAUAUUCACACGAGAUGAUUUUUCCUUUGUGAGACUUGACCUUCCCAUUAGUAAAAGAGCAUGGGUGUUUCAAGAGCGGCUCCUUGCACCCAGAACCUUACACUUUACUUUGGAUCGCAUCUCCUGGGAAUGUGAAAGAAGCCGCAAUCUCACUGAAUAUCUCCCCAAAGGUGCGGGAAAUGAUGAAUGGGCAGGUUUUGAUUGCCUCUACCAAAGCGCAUACAGUAUUCAAGAACAAGGAGAUGUUUUUGCAUUUUACUAUGACUUUGUGUUGCCGUACAUGAAGCGUCAACUUAGUCAUCCGGAUGAAGACAAACUUGUUGCCUUCGCCGCCGUCGCUCGACGCUGUACCUCAUGGUUUCGCAGCGAGUACUGUGCUGGAAUCUUUCGCAGUACAAUGCCACAGGGUCUUCUCUGGGAGGCUUUCCCGGUUGAUUCGAUGAAAAGGUCGAAGGUCUACCGCGCACCAUCUUGGAGCUGGGCGAACAUGGAUUGUUCUGUGAACUUCGACGUCUUUGAACACAAACCGAUUGUUAUUUUCGCAGAUAUAGUAGAUGUUGCGGUGGAAUUAGUUGACCCAAAAAACCAGUUUGGUCAAGUCAAGUCUGGUUCCUUAACGUUGACUGGACCUCUAAUAGCCUCCGAAGCACUCGUCCCCAGGGAACACAAUUCAGAAGGGGUCUUACCCGAGGGUAGGUUUGGACGUGCCGGCUACCAAGAUAUACAAACAAUGUUAGGGCACACACUUGGGAUCACUGCUGAUACAGCCAAUUUGUGGAACGAAAUUGAAAGGAAGCCUUGGCUGAUUGCUCAAGAGAACAUGUAUUUUCUUGCGAUUUUGGAAACAUCAGAGUACCCCCGUACUUGUGGUCUUCUAUUGCAGAAGAACAAUAAUGGAAGCUUCACUCGAGCUGGAUACUGGGAGGCCGGAACAGGGUUUGUAUCGAAACAUGCACACGCAACAUGUCAGUUCAGGUCCGAAAAUAUUACAAUAGUUUGAACAUCCCAGUUCAGAAAGGAAAAGAGCGAUUCGGCCCAGGUAACGGCACGCUCAGA